AUGUCAUCUCCCGACGAGCUUGUUGACGACAGUCCCCCCGAGAUCGAUCCCUAUGAGAUUUUGGGACUCGAACGCGAGGCUACACCGGAACAGGUCAAGUCUGCCUACCGAAAAGCAGCACUCAAGAACCACCCAGACAAGGUCUCCGACGACCAGAGAGAUGAGGCGAAGGAAAAGUUCCAAGCCAUCGCUUUCGCAUACGCCAUUCUCUCUGACCCGGCACGACGCAAGCGAUACGACACAACCGGUUCUACAUCCGAGUCCAUCAUCGACUCCGAGGGCUUCAACUGGUCCGACUACUACCGCGAACAAUUCCAAGAUGCAAUCUCUGCAGAAGCCAUCGAAAAGUUUGCCAAGAAGUACAAGGGCUCCAACGAGGAGAAGGACGACGUCUUGAUCGCCUACGAAAACUCCAAGGGCGACAUGGACGGGAUCUACGAAUCAGUCAUGCUAAGCGACGUGCUCGAGGACGACGAACGGUUCCGCCAGAUCAUCGACGAGGCUAUUGCCAGCGAAGAUGUCCAGGCAUACAAGCGAUACACAAAGGAGAGCAAGCUGUCAAAAGCGGCUCGCGUCAAGGCAGCAAAGGGCGAGGCGAACGAGGCCGAGGAAUACGCUAAGGAGCUGGGAGUCCACGACAAACUCUUUGGCGACAAAAAGGGCAAGGGGAAGAAGAAGGGCAAGGAUAGUGGAGAGGCCGACCUGGCCGCGCUCAUCAAGGGCAACCAGCAAAAACGCGCCGGGUUUCUGGACGAUCUCGCUGCCAAGUAUGGAGCCACCAGUCAGCCUAAAAAGGGCAAGAAGAGGGUCGUGGAGGAGGAAGAGCCAUCAGAAGAGGCAUUUCAGGCUGCAGCUGCACGGCUGAAGAAGCCCAAGGCAGACGAAAGCAAAUCUGCUAAAGCGGGCGGCCUCUAUCCGCAGUACUGCCUGCAACGCUCCCCAACCUUCAACACAUGGUGCCUCAUGCAGGCAUCCGACGUCCACGCCCUGAAAACCGUGCCUGAAUAUGAAGUUCAAAACUUCUACUUCUACAAGAACCUGCCUAUCAAAUGGGCACGAAUCAUCGGCAUCGUCGUUGCCGUGGACGACUUCCCGGGCCGGCGCAUCUACACGGUUGACGACAGCAGCGGGGCUUGCAUCGAAUGCACAGUCGCGACAAAGACACCGCCGUCCGACAACAGCGCUACCAAUCUGGACACCAACGGGUGGUUCACCAAACGACCGCAGCCGCAGCCUCCUGCCGACUGUGUCGACGUAGAUGUCGGCACCGUCAUCGAUAUCAAGGGAGGACUGGCUAUGUUCCGUGAGGAGAUGCAGAUCAGGAUCGAAAAGGUCAAGAUUCUCCGGUCCACGGAGGAAGAAGUGGCGCUGUGGGAGAAGCGCACGCGGUUCCGGAACGAGGUGCUUCUGCCGCCGUGGGUGCUUAGUGAGAGGCAGAUUCGGAAGUGUAAGAAGGAAGGGAUGAGGGAUGCCGAGAGCGAGGAGAGGAAGCGCAAGAGGGAGAGGAGGCGCGAGGAGAGGAAGAAGGAGGAGGAGGAGAUGCGGCGCAAGACUGAGGCUGCCGAGGCGGCGGCUGCGCAGGAGAACCGGUAUCGUGCAUACAAGUUGAAGAAAGCAGAUGGAUCGCGGCCGAUGGUACAGACCAGCCAGGUCGUUACGGCAGUUCCAACCACAACAGCGGCUGCAGCUGCCCCUAUCGUGGAGGAUCGAUACCAUGCGUACAAGUUGAGGAAAGGAGACGGAUCGCGCCCGAUUGCGUAUGCUGGCCAAGUCAUCGCGGCGGUACCGACAGAGGCUACGGCUGCGUCGGUCGUGGAGGACCGAUAUCGUGCCUACAGUCUGAAGAGGGGACACUCAAUCCAAGAACAGCAGCCUCAACGAGUCGCGAGGCCGGCUCCGAGUCCGGCCGCGGAAGACCGUUAUACAGCCUACAAGAUCAAGAAAGGAGGAGACAGUCGGCCGGUCAUGAGGCCAGAUGCUACGACUAUUGACACCGCUGCUGCCGAGGCCGUGGAAGAUCGGUACCGCGUUUACAAGCUGGGCAGUUCAUCUACACAUGUUCCAGUUCACAGCAGCAAGCCAAGUGUGGCCACUGACAUUCGCCAAGAUGACGCCAAGGAUUUCUCCAAGAUCAUAUUGCCUGGUGACAGGCAGAAGAAGCUGGUUACACCGAGAAGAAGCAACCUCUUGUCGCCAAUGCGUCAGCAAAGGGCAUCUUCUGACCACUGUCGUCAACCUCAGCUCAACAUCUGCUCUCGCAACAAUGGUCUGUAG